CUGACUCUUUCCUGGCAUGAGGCAACAAAGGUCUCUCUGUGGUGUGGGGUUUCACGGCUGAGAAGUGUCUGCCAUUCACACAGGAAUCUCCAUAACUCUGCACAGAGUGACUCCUCUACAGGAAAGAGAGCAGCAGCAGGUGAGUCAUGUGAUGUUUGCCUUCCAACAAUCACUGUACCAGAACUCCAUGAGUUCCAAAGCAACAGGAGUCUCAGCAGCCUUGGAUAUCUCCCAGCUUCCUGCCUUAUUGUGACAUUCCUUUUAUUUUCACCCUUCCGAAGUGUCUGGUGAAAGGGCUGCGUCAGGAACAUUGCUGAGGGAGUGGCUUGCAAACGAGAGAGGGCCAUGGGCUUGAGCUCUGUCAUCCUUCACCUCUCCUACAAAUUCAGGCUGCUGCUGAUCUUUAUCUUGUGCAUGAUGGUGGUAGCAUGGGCCACCUCCAGUUACCUUGUGGACACUGUACAGGAGACUCCCAAAGCAAAGAGCUUGGUGGAGAAUUUCAGGAAGGCAACCAUGCUGGAGAAGGAGAAUCAGAAAAAGAAGGCCAUGUCAACUGUGGAAGUUCAUACAGUGAAGUCCACCAUGAGUCACUGCUCUGCUCUCUCUCCCUACCUGCAGGGCCCCAGCCAGCUCAAGUUCAAAGCAUCUCUCACAUUGGAAGAGGUACAGAAGGAGAACCCUCAGGUUGCAAAAGGCCGGCAUCGCCCUGUAGAGUGCUCAGCACUGCAACGAGUGGCCAUCCUGAUCCCACACCGCAAUCGAGAGACGCACCUGUUGUACCUGCUGGAGCACCUCCACCCAUUCCUACAGAGACAGCAACUGGACUAUGGUAUCUAUGUCAUCCACCAGGCUGGCAAUACCAAGUUUAACCGAGCUAAACUGCUGAAUGUAGGAUACCUGGAGGCCCUGAAGGAAGAAAACUGGGACUGUUUCAUUUUCCAUGAUGUGGACCUGGUGCCAGAGAAUGACUUUAACAUGUACACGUGUGACAAACAACCAAAGCACCUUGUAGUUGGCAGGAACAACACUGGGUACAGGUUGCGUUACCAGGGAUAUUUUGGGGGAGUAACUGCUCUAACAAGGGAUCAGUUUUCCAAGGUGAAUGGAUUCUCUAACAAUUAUUGGGGCUGGGGUGCAGAAGACGACGACCUCCGAAUCAGGGUUGAGAUGCAGAAGAUGAGGGUGAUGCGGCCAUCCCCUGAUGUAGGAAAGUAUACUAUGAUCUUCCACACAAGAGACAGAGGCAAUGAGGCGAAUGGAGAAAGGAUGAAACUCUUGCGGCAGGUGUCCCGAGUGUGGAAAACAGAUGGGCUGAACUCCUGUUCCUAUAAACUGCUCUCGGUGGAGCACAACCCUUUGUACAUUAACGUCACAGUGGAUUUCAGCAUGCCACCCAAGAUCUCGUAAGAGUUUCCUGUAGAUUCUAGGAGACGGGAAUAGAUCUUCUGCUUGCGGUAGCUGCUGCAGUGACUGGAAAGGCAGCGUUCUGCCUGAAGGGUCCCCCAGCAGCACAGAGACAGUGCAGAGGAAAUAGCUUCUUAGAUCCUUUCUAAUUAUUUGGUUACGAAUUUUGUUUUGUGGCAGCGCUGUGCGUUAAGCAGGGGACCUGGACUGACCGAGUGGAUAUGUCGCCGUGCCUGUUAGUUUGUUUUCACUGGGAUAUUGAGAAAGUCUACUUGUUCGGGCUGUUGGCUUUUUAUUGUUGGGAGCUUGAACUACACCCACUGAAAGCUUCAGCUCCAGUAGCUGUUUCCAAACCUUCUGCCAUUAGAGAGCAGGACACAGGAGCCAACACUGCCGUGUUUUCAAAAGGAGCAAGACUGAGUUAUCAUACAAAGCGCAAGAAUAUUCCAUAGCCUAAAGUCUUGUUUAGGAAGGCUGAUUUGAUCUCAGCCUGGGUGAGUGAGGAAGGAGAGAGGGAAGUAAUCAUGUUAACUGCAGCCACAUUGAAGAGAGUUUAAAAACUCUCAAUAAAAUACAAUCCAUUUCACUCCAAAGGAUUCCCUUGUCCUGCAUCAGUUCAAUUCAGUACCUAGUGGGAGUGCUCAAGAGUCCUGUGGAUAUACGAAAGGUUCACUUAUUUCUACAGCAAGCCUGAAAUACAGACACUAGUAUGGUUAUCACCUUCCUACUGUGCCAGUCUGGGCUGGGCAUUGAGGGAAUACACACAAAUAAGUCAUGUGUAAAAUGGAUCGAGACUACCCCCAGUUUCUUGCUUCCUAGACACUGUUAGCCUGGUGCUCAGUGUGGUAUAAAUACCCAGCAAGGUAAUGACUUGACUUUUUGUAGUUCUUGCUUUAGAAAAAAUGGGGUUGAUUUGUGGAUAAACUGGUUAGCAGUUGCGAUAAAUUGCAAGUUUCCCCACUGCAAAUGAAUGGGAGUGUUGUAAGCCCCUUCUCUACAGCAGCAGACAACACUGUGUUGGCGCUUGAUGGAUAGAUGUUGGUUGCAAUCAAUAAAUGUAAGCUCAUAGUCUUCUCAAGAAGAAAAAGCUUUGAUUCUGAUGUUUGUUAUAUUAAUUCCUUUAGGACGCAGUAAUUUAUGUUAAAAACCCUGCUUAUGGUAGCAUAAAGCCUAAAGAAUUAUUUCCUCUGGCUAGUUGCUAAGCUACACCCACUGAAAGCUUCAGCUCCAGUAGCUGAAAUUCUGUCCUGCAGAGGAAAGACUCAAGCUGUUAUGGCUUACUGCUUAUAAGAACAGUGUCCAUCUUGGUCCCUGAGUUUGCCAACUUCAUCCAUUUGAUCUUCAGAUUAGCUCUGACAUUACUAAUAUUUUGGAAUGUACCAAAAAUUGCUGAGAUUUAAAAACCAGUGACAGAUUUUUCACUUCCACUAUUUUCUGUUGUUGCUGAUGGUCAAGCAGGUGGUUUUUUGAGGGAAGAGAGAAAAAACACUCCAUCUCCCCUACGUAAAACUGUCCCAAAAGCAGCCCUUGCUCAAGCCCACCAGGCUGAACAGGUUGACUGUAUACAGUGAGGUCACAAAGGGGGCAGGACCUUCCAGACACUCUGCUUCAAUAUG